AUAAUACAACGAUACUACCCAAGGCUUCUGAGCGCUGUUGACAGUCAUUUCCAUCUAGUGAGCUUUGCUUGAAUGGCGUGAUAACAGAGCAUCAAGAAUCGUUCGCCAUGGAACGUUGUGGUUCAGUUUUUCUGAUACUUACUGUGAUGUGCGUUUCCUCUUGGUCACUCCAGACAUCGGAGAUUCGUUCGUUACAAAAGAGGUCGUUGGAAGUAGCUGAUCAACUUCGUUUAGAAAACGAAUUAAAGAGAGUUAAGCGUCUUCAAGAAGAUGAAGAAUUGUCAAGGGUGAAGCGCUUUAAGGACCAUGAACUCUCGCGUCAAAAGAGAACAAACGAGAACGGCGAAAACGACGCUUUAAAACGCGUCAAACGUCUGAAAAGGGCAGUUCUGGAGAAGAAAUUAAAUGAGGAAAUCGCACUUCAUCGGAUGAAACGAGGAGAGAAACAUGCGUCCAAUAAACUGUCAAAUAGCGAGAACACGAAGCAAAAACACAAAAGCGUCAAGCAAGAUUUUAAGAAGAAAAGAAUGGAGAUGGCAAUGAAGAGGCACGGGAACUUGGGGAAACAUCGCGUCAUGAAAAAGGGCGACCCGAGAUUUCAUCACAUCCCACGUAACGGCCAUUUACGUCACCGGAUGAUGAAUCGGGGGAGAUUCCACGGAAAUGACCGUAAGCAUCAUAUGAGGAACAUUCUUAAACGCCAUCAUGUUCAACAUCAUCGCAGCGACGUGAAAGAGCCAAAGCGACAUAUCAAGAGGAGUUAACUCUUCUUCUUUUUUUUACAUAUGUGUUUAAUGUUUAAUGUUUAAUGUUGUUUUGACAUAUUUCUUAGCUGCUAUUUUCCGUGAAAGGGUCUCUUGUCAAGCGCACAUGUUAUUGAAAAAAAAAUCUUUACAGAAAUGUGUGAAAUUUGGUAUGCACACGUCUUUUUUAUAUCAGUUUGUACUAGUAUAUUUUUAUUUUAACGCAAGCACGAAGUUCACUCACCACGUCCAACAGACUUACAUUUUUUUUAUAUCUCUUUUUCAUGUUAUAUAGUCCGUGUAAUUUUAUUUUAUUUAAAAUCAUUUUAUUAAAAAUAAACAAUUCUUGAUA